AUGAGGGCCCCUACUGCUCUGGACCCGCGGAUGGAAUCUGCCUGGCCACUGUGGAAUGGCAUCCGUGUGCAUAUUCAAUGCUCAGGAGAGGUGGAACAGCCGACGGAGCUCCUUGUGGACAUAAGCCAGGCUGUAUGUCUCAUUUUCCAGAUCACCACCCUGAACAUACCAGUGGAGGCGCGGGCUCCAGGUGCCAGCCUUGCCAGCCGCCCCAGCAUGCACAGUGUUGCCAUGCAGGAAAAUGAUCUGGCCAGGCUGUCCCCGCAUCCUCAUGACUGGGUGACUCGGGAGCUCGAUGUCCUGCUCCAAUGGCACGAUUGCAACAAACGACAUCCCUCUGCCAGGCUGCAUGUCCACGUGCAGCGUCUGCCGACGAAUGGGGGCUGUGCCGCCAGGGUUGUUGCCAAGGAUCACACCAGGCUUGACCAGGGCGCCAAGCGGCCUGACCAUUGUCAGCAGAUUAUUGGAGCAUGGAUUCCGCUGUCUUUUAUCUAG